AAUAGUCACACAAAGAGGUGACGUUAGCGUCCAGUCCGCAUUUCGGAAUAUUGUCGAAACAAAAUCCUUUGCAUCUUUAGGCCCCGAACGAACCGCCACGUAAGAUAACCAAACAGUUAUAGAUAUGGAGGAACACUUACAGUUUGCGGACCUCAAAGCGAUCGACGUUCAGUGUAUUCGUGGGACACAUUCUUGAUUUUUAAAACGUAAAUAUAAUCAACUCAAACGGUUGAAAAUAAUAUAUAUAUAUAUAUAUAUAUAUAUUCUCAUUUUUUCAAAUAAGUAAUCAAAUUAACUAAAGUUGAUUAGAUUCGACUCAUCAUUUACAGUUUGAUUGAACAUAUAUCAUUUCUUUUAUAUGAAUCAUGCCCACCACAUCAACAAUAAUUUAUGUCGCAUAACUGCACAGCUACGAUUUAAGCAUCUUCUACGAACGAGGACAAAUAUAAUAUGGGUCUCUUCUUAUAUAGAGUUGAGCUAAUAGAUCAAAAUCUUGACAUUGCUUUGUUAUUUUAUUUCUUCCUUUACCUCCUCCUUUGGCUUUUGCUUUAGCUGGUUUUCUUCUGUUUCUUUUUGUUUUAUUGUGAGAAACUAAUAGGGUAAACAACACCUGAUUAAUCCUUCCAUCACCUAUUGUCUCCUUACUACUCUUCUCUUGUAAGACAUUAUUCUACAUAAGAAAAGUUGAAGCUGCCAUUUUUGACUUGAGAAUCUUCAUUUUUCUUUCUUUAUACUCUUCACUUCAAAAUAAUCUUUUCAAAUCAUUAGGGAUCCUUUAUUCUUUUCCCGGGCAGCAUUGGCUCUUGAAUGAUACCACAAGAAGGCAGAUUAAAGAGAGAGUAAGGGUUAUGGCUAUUGACGUUUGCUGUUCGGAGGCUCCUUGUUCUGGCACCAGCCCAAGAAACUCUUUCUCCUAUGAUCUUGACUCACCGGACGGUGACGUCAGAUUAGACUCUACACUUCUUGAUCCAGGUUCGGAGUUCGAUUUCUGCUUUGGCUCAAGUUGUCCUGUUCAAGAAGUAUCCCCAGCUGAUGAACUCUUCUUCGAUGGCAAGAUUCUUCCGGUCCAGAUCAAGAAAGUAAACUUUAGGGUCCAAAGAUCAGCUUCACUCUCGUCAUCUUCUUCUUCAUCUUCCUCUUCUUCAUUACAGAGAUCCCCACCAGAAAAGAAGAUCAUGAGACUCAAAGAGCUGCUGUUGAAUCCUGAAUCUGAUUAUGAAGAAAAGCCUAAGGGGUUGUUCUUGCAGUUCAAGAGAAGCAUAAGCCUCAACUACGAUAAGAGCCGAAACAGCAAAGGGAUAAUCAGAUCGCUUCAGUUCCUCUCACGAAGCAACUCCACAGGCUCUGCUUUAAACCCUAAACCUAACUUGCCUCCCAAGGAAACUUAUCAUCUUCACAAAACUCACAAUCUUCCUAAACAAACGUCUCUUAGAAGAUCAUCUUCGCUCUCAGCUUCAGGUCCUUAUAAGAAACCUCUAGCUAGGAGCAGUUUCGGUAACGGGAACGGUGGAGUUCGAGUUAGUCCGGUCUUAAAUUUCCCACCGCCGGGGUUCAUCUCUAACGUAGCCGACGGAUGUUUCAGCAUUGGUUCAUUCUGUAAUGGAAAGAUGAGCAGGAAGACAAGAGUGUGAAACCAUCUUUUGUCUUUUGUGGCAGGAGAGGAGAGAAAAACUUACAGAAAAUGUAUUUAUAAAAAAAAAAUUUGCUGGUCGUUGUAUAAUAAGUUAAUAAUGGAAUAAUCGACAGAACAUGUGAAGAUUAGACAGCAUGUGAGUUUUGUCUGUAUUUUAAAAAACCAAAAAACAAGAAUAAUUGGCGAA